CGCCCGUCGGCCAGGAGGUGUCGGCGGCCGGCGACUCCGGGGAAGGAUUCAGACGCCUCCCGGAGGCGGCGGUCCCCGAGGCGGCGGCGGGGAAAGGCUGCCCCGGUGAGCCUGAGGCUGGCGCUGGCGGGGAGGGCGAGCGGCGGGGCUCCGGAGAUCAGCCCGAGACGCGCUCGGUGUGCAGCAGCCGCAGCAGCAGCAGCAGCAGCGGCGGUGGCGACCGGCGCGUCGGGCAUCAGCACCAGCACCACCAACCCAUCUGCAAGAUCUGUUUCCAGGGCGCCGAGCAGGGGGAGCUGCUGAACCCUUGCCGUUGUGAUGGGUCAGUUCGGUAUACACAUCAGCUGUGUCUGCUCAAGUGGAUAAGCGAGAGGGGCUCUUGGACCUGUGAACUCUGCUGUUACAGGUACCACGUCAUAGCCAUCAAAAUGAAGCAGCCCUGCCAAUGGCAAAGCAUCUCUAUAACCCUGGUUGAGAAAGUUCAGAUGAUUGCUGUCAUCCUAGGAUCCCUGUUUUUAAUAGCAAGUGUGACUUGGCUUCUCUGGUCCGCCUUCAGCCCCUAUGCAGUGUGGCAGAGAAAGGACAUCCUUUUCCAAAUCUGCUAUGGAAUGUAUGGUUUUAUGGAUCUAGUGUGCAUAGGUCUCAUAGUCCAUGAAGGUGCUGCAGUUUACAGAGUGUUUAAACGUUGGAGAGCGGUGAACUUGCACUGGGAUGUCUUAAACUACGACAAAGCCACAGACAUUGAAGAAAGUAGCCGAGGAGAGAGUUCCACGAGCAGGACUUUAUGGUUGCCGCUGACGGCUCUGCGGAAUAGAAACUUGGUCCACCCAACCCAGCUAACCUCCCCAAGGUUCCAGUGUGGCUAUGUAUUACUGCAUCUGUUCAACCGGAUGAGGCCCCACGAAGACUUGUCAGAAGAUAACAGCUCAGGGGAGGUUGUGAUGAGAGUGACGUCCGUGUAACGGAAGUAGAGCGUGCACCACCUAGCACAUUUUGGAAUGUAAUUGCAAUGAAUGGCAAAACGAUACCACUUCUAAACACACUCACACAUACAUCUAUGAACUUUUU